UCCAUGGUAGAGAAGCUCUACCCUCUCUCCUCCCCUCCCCCCUUGAGGUUUUCAAGUCUUCGGAGAGAUCUUCAUAAGAUCCGAAGUGUUCUUCGGGCCUUUGAAAUUCAUCAAUCCCUUGCUUUCUUUAUGUGAGUUUUUGUGUGGAAAUUUUUUUGCCUUAGUCUCCCUCCCCCUUUUGGGGUUCGUUAAGUCUUCGAAGAGAUCUUCAUAAGAUCUGAAGUGUUCUUCGAAUCUUUGAAGUGUUCUUCAGGCCUUUGAAGUUCCUGAAUCCCUAGAGAAUAGCCUAUUCCCAACGGAAGCUCUGUCGAAGUGCCACCUCAGUCAAAAUCUGAAAAUAGUCUAUCCUAGCGGAAGUGUUGCCAGAGUAGCCACAGUCUAACCCUCCCAUAGCCUAUCCCCAGCAGAAGCUCUAUCAGAGUGCCACCUCAGCCAAAACCCAGAAGCAAUCCAUCCCUAGAGGAAGUAUUAUUUCAGGGCCAUAUAGGCAUGGCUUGGUAUUUGGGAGAGUGGUUCACUCCUUAGUGGUCAGACGCGGACUUCCCCAUCCCUCCUUGUCUCCCUCCUCCCACAAUGCACCACCCGAAGGAUGAUCCUGAGGGGGAGGUGGAGGAGCUUGCUGAGGGAGUAUGGGAUGACGACUUCCUGGAUAACACGAGGGAUUAUUACAAUUUUCUAGAUAUGGAGACGGUUUAUGCGCCCUUGAACUCAAAGGGUCCAAUGUGGAGGACCAAAGAGAUGGCCCCUCUUCCUCCUCGGCCUCAGCUAGCCAAUGCCGGUUCUUUUGCUGUAGAGUCAUCUUCUACCGAGGGUAGACCAGUCCACAACAUGGCUAUCAUUCCUUUCCCAAGGUUCCCCUCUUGGACUUAUCCUUGCGUGGACAACCCUUUGGCUCCUAGGGAUCUACCGAGAAAAUUAAAGUCUCUCCAGAGGCGUAUGCUGAGAUUUGACGCAUGCACUAUAGCCUAUGGCUUGGAGCUGUAUGAUAGGGACUGGCACUCACAAGUCACGGACGCAUAGCUCAAGUCUCAGGUGGAUCAGAUUUGCAACUUGGAGGACCAGCUGAUGGAACUACAAGUGAAGUAUGACCAUAUGAUGGUCUCAGUGGAUGACCUUGUCAGACCGAGUGAUGGGACUGGGGCAGCUUGUGAUGAAACCCACCCUUAGAGCCAUUUCCCCCUACUUCUCUUCUUUUCUUGUCAUUCUUGCAUAGUUUGGAGAAAACAUAGAUCCUUUUUUUUUUCUUCUUUUUUCUUCCCUCCCCCUUUAUCUUAUUAUCUUUCCUACUUCUUAUUUUUGUAUGCCAUUUUUGGCAAUUUUAUUUCUGAAAUGAAGAUUUGA